UGUCGCUCUGUGCCCUCAGCUGGCAGCGGCGAGGAGCGCCAUGGAGCAGCCCGAGGGGAAGGAGGGGUUCCUGCUGGAGGCCGCCGCCCCGAGGCAGACGGGACCCGCGCUGGAUUCCUGUGAGGCAUCUCCAGAUGAGGGACUAAUAGAAGAUUUGGCUAUUAUAGAUAAGAAAGCUGUGGAGCAACUAACUGAAGGAUUGAUUUCUCAUUAUUUACCUGAUCUUCAGCGAUCAAAACUAGCCCUCCAAGAGCUCACACAGAAUCAAGUAGUGUUACUAGACACAUUAGAGCAAGAAAUUUCAAAAUUCAGAGAAUGUAAUUCCAUUCUUGAUAUCAGUGCUUUGUUUUCAGAAGCUAAACAUUAUCACAGCAAGCUAGUGAAUAUUAGAAAAGAGAUGAUGAUGCUCCAUGAAAAGACAUCAAAGUUAAAAAAAAGAGCACUCAAACUGCAGCAGAAGAAACAGAAAGAAGAACUAGAACGAGAACAGCAACGUGAGAAGGAACUUGAAAGAGAGAAACAGUUAACAGCAAAACCAGCUAGAAGGACAUGACAGCUGAGCAUACAUCAACUUGUCCAAAUUAAUUAUUUUUAAAUUCUCUGGACUUGUUAAGGCAGACUCUGUUAUACGGGUGAGCUAAAGUUGUUACUGGGGAAAGAGUCUCUUGUACAGUAUUAUAAACUCCAGAAUGCUAAGAACCAGUUGGUAAAUUGCCGCUUUUCCAUUUCAGCCAUUCAGGAUGCCUUCUUUUCUAAUGCUAUGCUGUUUGAUAUUAAUCAUAAUGUAAAUUUAGUUUUGCUAUAUGCAGGGGAAUUUAAACGUCAUAAUUUUAAUUACAUAUCUGUUAAUUUUCCAUUUGUUUUUUCUGAUGUUUGAAAUAUUGGCUAAGAAAUAGUAGGCUGUGUAUUCUUUCAGACAAAAUGUUGAAUGUGGUUGGUGCAGUUUGGGAGUUCAGUUAUGAUCCAUGGACAUCCGCAGCUCUGUACCCUUCUGAGGUUGCUUCAAUUCGGAUGUCUUUGUCUUCUUGUUGAGUCCACAGGUCACAAAUAUCUGUGCCAGUUAGGUAUAGUGGAUCUCCCUCCCCCAAUUGCUAUAUAACUGAGUGUUAAAGCCAUAUGAUAUUACUGAUCAUGUGUGAGAAAUACAAAUGACCUCCUUAUGUUGGGACUCUUUCCUCCUUUCUUCCCUCCUCCCCCCACUCCCUCCACACACUUAGGCUGAUGGCCCCAGUUUAUUUGGGUGAAGCUUCCUUUAUUUCAGCAAUCUUCCUUGGAUCUUAUAACUACAUGGUUUGAGAUGAUCACCUCUGACAAUUCCCCAAGCCCGACAGGAUGAAUGUGAAAAACAUGUUAAAUUAAGAUUGGCAUAACUAAUGCAUGUAUGGUACAAGAGUGAUCCUAUAAUGGAAUUGCCAGCCCUUGUGCUUGGAUAAAUGCUUUCUUGGAUGGCCGUGAUUCAGACCAAAGUAAUUGAAACUAAGGUACGGGUUAGAGAGGGAGAUUAUGAAGCCAAGUCAGUUGUAUUGUUAAACAGAUCUCAAAGGAUUCAAAAGCUGUAGAUUUCAUUGCUUUCUAUGUAAUAGACGCUAUUUUAAAUUCAUUUACAUCUUCAGGAAAAAUUCUUGCAGUGUAAUAUUAUUUCAUGCAAUUGACCCAGUUUUAACUCUUAGACUUAAAUGAGAGAAACUGCUUCACAUGGUUAAAAUUUUUCAGCAGUGCUGAUGACAACUAGUACUGAAAAAUUGUAUCGGGGAUGCUCUUAAGUAAAUGUGGGGUGGGGAUUAACUUCUCUGAAUGUGUAACUGUUUUCUUAUAGAAUUUGGUACAGCCUCCUGUUCAAAUGAAUAUAUACACUAUUUAACAGUCUAGAUAAGCUUUUAACUAUUUCAUUUCUGCAGUCUGACAAAGUAGUUAUUUUACAUCUGUACCUUUUGAAUCAAUAUUAGUAAAAUAAAUGUUGUCACCUGAGCUGACAGGCUUAUCAGGAAGUAAGUAAGAUUAAGUGUAAACUUUGUGUAAGCUAUUUAUAAAAAAUGGAUGGCAAGACAUUUAAAGGGACGCCAACUUGAAAUCGAAUUGGUUUUUAAAAAAUAAUUAAAAGUAGUUUCAAAUGCUACAUACGCCUGCCCUGAUUCUCAAUAUUUAUGAUGUUACAACUAAAUUUUCCUAUUUUUUAAAUGGUUUUCCUUUUUCUUAUGUGAAUGACCUUCUCAAACAGGGAAAUAGCAAAACUAACUAUAUGUAAAGUGCCAUCCAAUUCAUAGUGUAAACAGAGGAGGUGAGGGGACAAAACUCUCUUAAUUUUUCAGUUGCAGUAAUUAAGUAGAUACUCGUAGCAAUAAUAGAUUAAAAAAAUUCAGGCAGGUGUUUUUGUUUGUCUUUUUUUAAUUGACUUUGCAGGAGAAUUGUUGACCUAUACUGUGUGGGUUUUUUUAAUGCAUUUCUAAAAAAAUAUGUACAAAAAUGCUAAAAUCUGUUUUUGAAACAGAGUGUAAAUAAAUUAAGUAAUUUUAAAUAUUAACCUCUUUUUUAUUUUGUAAUUAAAUGUAUUGCACAAUUAGAUUUUGAAAAUAUACUUUAAUAAGAACUAUUUUUAUAGUAGGAAACUAGAUGCGUCAGUCACACAUCCAAAUCAAAAUUAACUUCCUCUGCUAAACUUUUUUUUUUUUUUUUGCUCUCUAGUAGAGGGGAAAAAUACAUUGUUUCAGGCUAUGGUAGCUUUCUAAUAGUGAAGAAUUGUUUAAAAAAUUGUGAUUGUUCUCUAUUAUGCAGAAUAGAGAAAUCCAAACAUUGAAAUUAAUGAGUAAGCAAUUUACAUGGUUCAUCAUUUUGAAUUAACUUGUCAUCUGUUGAAGAAAGUUAACUUGACAGUGCUUUAUUGAAGAACUUCAGUUGCACUUGGAUAGAGGAAAAGUAAAAAUGUACUGGACAUCCAUCCACUGCCAAAAAGGAAAAAAGCAGCAAAUAAGUAGCUGAGACUUUUUUUUAAACAAAGAACCCUGAUAUAGUGGGGUAAAUAGGAUAAAUGGAAACUUUGAAAAGUGUGGAAUUUGAUAUAACUUUGGUUACAUAGUAAUUAAAAAAAAAUAAGAUACUAGUCAGAGCUGUAACUCAGAUCCUGUAGAGCAGAGAAUUAUGCCUCACAAAAUUGCAUCUUCACAGGGAAUAUAAUAAUUUUUGCCCAGACUUCUGUAAAAUCUCUUUAUUAACGGACAGGGUUUUCUUUUUCAAAUUGUCCUGUUGCAGUUAAACCAAUAUGACAGAGAGAGGAAAUAUCCAACCUAACCAUUUUUUCUAGAGCUCAGCCUUGCAAAAUUCUACUUGGCUGGAGCAAGAAACUUUCUUUUUAUAAGCAAGUAAAAUUCUAAUUAGUUUUUUCCAUCAUCCUUAUGGUAAGAGUGUGUGUGCUGGGUGUCUUUUUUUCUCAGUUGCAUCAAUGGGGAUCAUACUACUUGACUACCUCACAAACCUGUUGAGAUUAACAUUUGUGAAGCACUCUGAAGAUGUAUAAUUGCAUGUGUUGUGGACAUUGUCUAAACACAAAGUUGGACUGAUUUGUAACUUUUGAUUUCUAAAUCAAUACAACCCCAUAUUGUGUAUGC